GCAAAACUAUUAGCAUAUUAUUAACCAUAUUCACUUUCAGAGAUAUUUGGCACGACCAAUACUAGAUUCAGGCUACCCUAAACCUACCAAUGUUUUAAACAGUAACAAGAAAGUAGCAGUAAGAAAAGGGUUGCAUUAUCAUUCAUACAUUCUUCUAACCAAAAUCGUUAGGUAAAAAGAAAGCAAUAAUACUAAUAUUAAUGGAGACUAAAGGAGAACAUCACCGAAUAAGAAUUAGGCACAAUUUCUUUGAAACGUCGUUAGUAAAAUUCCCAGCUAAAUACUACUCAACAGUGUAAAAAUUGGUUUUUUAAUUCACUAAUCGUGUUAAAUAAAUCAAAAGGGAGAUUUAAUUUAACAAAUAAAUGGUUUAGUUAACUAAUAAAAUGGGAUUUGAGCGGAGUAAUGUUUUCAAUACCAAUUAGCCCAACUGGAAUUUACCAGAAAUGGGCCAAAGGCAAUGAAAGACAUGUGGUUGGGAGAAAAGUUGCACAAAAAUGGCAAAAGUAUUGGGGUUGGAAGAUAAUUUUUAUUGUCUGGAAGGAAUAGGCAAUGAAGACAAUUAUGUUGAAUCUGGAAAUACAUUACUUACUUCCCCUGUGUCUGUCUCUCUCACACCAACCACCCACCAUUGUUCAUCCAUUGUUCGUCUAUCCAAUUUCGAAACACCGUCUCUGCAAAGUUGGUUUGUGUUUGGGAUUUACAAGAUGGUGGCCUGCUUUGGAUUCAACAUCUCCCGCAAGACUAAUGUCCGUCCCGGUCCCCAACCAAGAAUUUUCUAUCAAAACCCAGGCUCUUCUUCCUUGAAUGGUAGGACUGCUACCGUCGCUAAUCCAGACAACUACGAACGAGUUACAGUCUCCAAAGCUACUUUGGGAGGGCCACAGGCAUAAUUUGCAAACUCGCGAUCCUGGAUCGUAGGAUCGUCCGAUCCUACGAUCCUAGGUACCUAAAUCAAUCCUAGAUCGAUCAAACUCGA